AAGUGUUAGAUUAUUUAGAACUUUUGUCGAAUUUACAUCAUAAUGGUAUAUAAUAAGAAAGAUCAGGCAAAGGCAUUAUCGCCUAAUAAGGUGAGAAAAUUUGUAAAAAAACGAUUAUCUGGGAACUUGUUAAAAACAAGUGCAAAUGGAAACGGCGCAGCAUCAUCAUCAACAUUAACAUCAACAUCAUCAUUAUCAUUGGUAAACAAGAAUAAAUCAGAAACAAAUAUAAAAGUAAUAGUACGAGUUCGACCUCCAAAUGUUAAUGAAUUGCAACUUAAUUCUAAGACAAUCGUCAAUAUACUUGAUGAUAAAAUUUUAAUAUUUGACCCUAAGGAAAAAGAAAAUCCUUUUUAUUAUCAAGGUGUUGUACAGAAAGGUCGUGAUUUAUUGAAAAAACAAAACAAAGAAUUACAAUUUAUGUUUGAUAGAAUUUUUGGUGACACUUCUACAAAUAAUGACAUAUUUGAAGGGACUACGAAAGAAUUAAUUUUAAGUCUUUUAAAUGGUUAUAAUUGCUCUGUAUUUGCAUAUGGUGCAACGGGUGCUGGAAAGACUCAUACUAUGUUAGGUAGUGCUAAUGAUCCUGGGUUAACUUAUCGCACUGUAGCAGAAUUGUUCUCUCAAAUAGAAAACCAAAGUAGGCAUAAUGAAUUUAAUUUAGGUGUAUCUUAUUUAGAAAUUUAUAAUGAAAAUGUUCAAGAUUUAUUACAUAAGUCUACACAAUUGCAUUUAAGAGAAGACARUAGAAACGCAGUUAUCGUUGCAGGACUUAAAAUUAUUCCUAUACAGAACGCAGAAGAAUUGUUAUUUUUAUUAGCCAAAGGCAAUAAAAAUCGUACUCAACAUCCUACAGAUGCAAAUCAAGAGAGUAGCCGAAGUCAUGCAGUUUUUCAAGUUUAUAUUCAAAUUAAUAAUAGAUUGAAUGGACAGACUAGACACGUUAAAUUGUCUAUGAUCGAUUUAGCUGGAUCCGAAAGAGCAUCAGUCACUGGAUGUAAAGGCGCUCGAUUUAAAGAAGGUGCUAACAUAAAUAAGUCCUUAUUGGCACUUGGAAAUUGUAUCAAUAAUUUAGCAGAUGGUGUUAAACAUAUACCUUAUAGAGAUUCUAAACUAACUCGUCUCUUGAMGGAUUCUCUUGGUGGUAAUUGUCAAACUGUUAUGAUUGCUAAUAUAUCACCUUCUAAUUUGAAUUACGAAGAUACAUAUAACACUCUCAGAUAYGCGAAUAGAGCUAAGAAAAUAAAAACAUGUGUUAAGAAGAAUAUUGUAUCUUGCAAAAUGUAUAUAUCUGGAUAUAUUAAAAUAGUAGAAGAACAAAAGAAAGAAAUUAAUUUCUUAAAGCAACAAUUAGCAGMUUAUGAAAGUGGAUUAGUACAAGUACAACCUGAACUUAAGGAAACCAAAGUUGUUACUGARGAAAUAGAUGAUAGUUUACCAGAAAUAAAUAAUAAAUUAUUAGAACUGUGUCAAAGGAAAAAAUUAUUAAGCGACAAGAUGUUAUCUUUGGAAAGUGCAGACAAAAUUUUAUGUAUUAGAAUGCAUUACAAUAAGGUUGCUAAUCAAAGAUUGCAUAAUUUAACGGCAGCUGUGGACAUUUUGUCUUUUGAAGAACAGAAUGCAAGUGGAAAAACAAGAAUAAACAAAUCUUUAGAUUACUUUAAGCGACAAAGAAGUUCCUUGAAAGUGCAAAUGGAAGGAGUUUGGAAAGAACUAUGUGCAGUCGAGGAAGAAAURCAAAAGCUAAAUGCUGAGAUUUUAUAUAAAAAUUUGCGUGAUAAAUUAGCAGAUGUUUAUUCUUCUUCAAUCCAAGAAAUAGACACAUGUAUARUGCAUCAACAGUUUGAACAUGUUAAGAAAAUCGUUAGUUUACAACAAUGUGAAUUUCAUUCAAUGUGUAGUAUACACAAACUAAUAAGUUCAAUAUUACAAAGUUAUUAUAAUUUGAUAAAUGAUUAUGGGUUAAUGACUAAGGAAAUGAAAGAAGAAUWUAAACAGUUAAUUAAAUCGCUCGAAGGCGUUAGAAAUAUCAAAUGGUCAGAUUCAGAACUGAUUGACGAAGAAAAAGAUAUUUACAGUUUAUCUUGUUUAAGUAUACCUCAGUUAAAAGAUYCCCUUAAUAAUUUAGUGCCAGUAUUUGUAGAAUCAGUUAUUAACGAAGAAAAUCAUAAUGAUCAAAUUACUGAGGAUGUUUUAAGUAAAACAUUUAAUUUGAACACCUGUGAAACAGAAAACACAGUUGAAGUUUUAGAUACAACCAUUACAUUACAUAAAAAAAAUGGAACUAAUUCAAUAAUAAAUUCUGAACAGAAUUCAAUAAUAAAUACUGAACAGAAUCCAAUACAAAUUAUAAAUAAAAAUGGUACAAGUAAUCAUACAGCAUCCUUACAGAAUAAAGUAAAGAGGUCUGUACAUCCGAUUAAUAAAAUUUCUUCAAAACAAUUUAAAAAAACGCAUCAAAAACACAAAAUUUUCAAUCAUGCAUUUGAAUCGCCUGAUAAAGAGAACAAGAAUACACAAAAGCAACAUCCUAUUAUGAGUGCUAAAAGUAUUGCUAUUUUAAAUAGCUUAAAAGAGAAUAAGAUUAAAACAAUGUCGUGCGUCUCUAUUAUAAAACCAUCCAAACCAAUAUUAGAAGAUGCAUCAUUAAAAUUAGUAAGGAUGAAAGAGAGACGUGGACUUGGGUCUGCACACCCUUAUCAAAAAUCAAAACAGAAGUGUAUAUUGACUCCUACUAAAACAUAA